GUUCGUCACCGCCGCCCUCGGCUUCCCAAUUUGACGGGAGGGUCCGGCGUAGGCCCGCCUCUCCUCGGCUCGCAUUAUCCUGCACCCCGCCUCCAGCGACGGGCUUGGUUGUGAGCGGCCGGCGGCAGGCAGGGCUCGCAGUAACAAUACUGACAUCCGCGAAGGGAAGAUGGAGCGCGGAGACCAGGAUUUCAACAUACUGCUGGCCACGGACUCCUACAAGGUCACACAUUACAAGCAGUACCCACCCAAUACUAGUAAGGUCUACUCGUAUUUUGAGUGCCGGGAGAAGAAGACAGAAACCAGCAAGGACAGGAAAGUCAAGUAUGACAAAACGGUCUUUUAUGGUCUACAGUACAUCCUGCACAAGUACUUAAAAGGCAGGGUGGUCACUUCAGAAAAGAUUCAAGAGGCAAAGAAGGUGUAUCUGGAACAUUUUCAAGAUGAUGUGUUCAAUGAGAGUGGCUGGAACUAUAUUCUGCAGGAGUAUGAUGGUCACCUCCCCAUCGAAAUCAAGGCUGUCCCAGAAGGCAGCGUGAUCCCACGUGGAAAUGUGCUCUUUACCGUCGAGAGCACUGACCCCAAGUGCUAUUGGCUCACAAACUGGGUGGAGACGAUUCUAGUUCAGAUCUGGUAUCCCAUUACCGUGGCCACCAAUUCCAGGGAACAGAAGAAGAUCCUGGCCAAGUAUCUGAAGGAGACUUCUGGGAGCCUUGAAGGUCUCGGGUACAAGCUCCAUGACUUUGGUUAUCGGGGAGUCUCUUCACAGGAGACAGCUGGCAUUGGAGCUUCUGCGCAUUUGGUGAACUUCAAAGGCACAGACACCGUGGCUGGUAUCGGGGUCAUUAAGAACUACUACGGAACCAAGGACCCUGUGCCUGGAUUCUCUGUGCCGGCAGCAGAGCACAGCACCAUUACCGCCUGGGGAAAGGACCAUGAGAAAGACGCCUUUAAGCACAUCGUGACGCAGUUCCCCUCCGUCCCGGUGUCUGUCGUCAGUGAUAGCUAUGAUAUUUACAACGCCUGCGAGAAAAUUUGGGGUGAAGACCUGAGGGACCUCAUCGAGUCUCGGAGUGCUAAGGCACCUCUGUUGGUGCGACCAGACUCUGGGAACCCCCUGGACACCGUACUGAAGGUCUUGGAUAUUUUAGGCAAGAAGUUUCUUCCUGUUGAGAACAGCUUGGGUUUCAAGGUUUUGCCCCCCUACAUUCGAGUGAUCCAGGGCGACGGUGUAGAUAUCAACACGCUGCAGGAGAUUGUUGAGGGAAUGAAGACGAACCGGUGGAGCAUCGAGAACAUCUCGUUUGGCUCUGGUGGUGCCUUGCUGCAGAAACUGACUCGAGACCUCCUGAACUGCUCCUUUAAGUGCAGCUAUGUCGUCACCAACGGUCUUGGGGUAAAUGUGUUCAAGGACCCUGUAGCGGACCCCAACAAGCGCUCCAAGAAGGGACGGCUGUCCUUGCACAAGUCGCAGAGUGGGGAGUACCUCACCCUGGAGGAGGGCCGAGGGGAGCUGGAGGAGUAUGGAGUGGACCUGCUGCACACAGUAUUUCACAAUGGGAAGAUUGUGAAGACCUACACGUUUGACGAGGUCAGAGAAAACGCCAAGCUCAAGGACUGCGAGCUACAAGAGCUGCUGAACUGACCGAGCUACAGCCUGCCCAGGCAGCACUGCAUGGGCUGUCUGUGCUAGGGGUCCCGGGUCCUGUUUGAGGUCACCACCACCCUGCACCUCUGGCAUGGAGAGAAAGCCAAACACCUGCCUGAGCUCAAAGAGAGAGCACGCUCACAGAGAGCUUGUUGGAACAAACCCCACAGAAUGCGUCUGUAUGCCGUCUACAGAACUGUAUGCUACAAAUUCCAGAACUUUAAGCUUUGUUGUAUAUUUACUUGUGGGACGAUAAAGUUACAAGAGACUAAUACAGUUUGAGGACUUACUGUACAUGAACUGUUCAGUAGACCACAAUUCUGAAGUAAACAUGCACAUUAAUGAAAGUGUCUGAACUUUAAUCAGCUGUAGAACCUUAAGGUAAAUGUUACAUGUUGAUGAAUGUGGGUGUUUUUUUUGCAAACUGUUAAUUACCUGUUGUUGGGGAUUAUAUUCCUUUAUGCAAUUUAUGUUUUUAAAUGGGAAAGGCACUUUUUGGUUUUUGUCCCGUUCACGUUUUAUUCAGAGAACCGGAUCUUUCCUCCCAUUGUAAAUGCCAAAUGAAGGUGAUCUAUUGCCUGUUCUGUAGACUGUGUCCUGUAGCAGUCAGACUUUGUUCUGACGGUAAGAAAUCCACAAUAUCCAUGGAAAGAGUAAUUGUUUUUUUGUACAAUUUAAAAUGUUUAUUGCAUUACUGUCAUUUGGAAAUUAAACACUUUGACAGUUUUACAAUGAGAUAUGGAUCAAAACAUUUUACUAGAACCUGAUUUUACUAUUUUGAUACUUUCAAAUUUAAUUUUCAUUAGAUUUUUUUUUUUUUUGGAAAAUAUAAUGUUGUUGAAAAGUUAUCACACUGAAUAUUUCUAAUUAUGUGGCCAAACUGCCUUCUCUGAGAUUUUUGUGUGUUUGUGUCUGCAGAUAUGUAUGUAUGUAUGUAUGUAUGUAUGUAAAGCUUAAGUAAAAGCUCUGCCUGGCUGGGAAGAUGUACCUUUUUCUGUGUGAAGCCCAGUUUUAUAAAAAUCACUAUUUCAUCAGUUUUAGCUCAUUUGUGUACAAUAUUUGAAUGCUGAAGGUGAUGUGUAUGUGUGUGUAUUUUUCUAUUUUUUUCCUUUCAUCACCUUUGGAUAAUGUUAUUGUGGAGAUAUUGACAUAAUACUGAAAUGACCACACUGUUUGCCGAAAUAUUUUCUUCAUUGUAAAGUAAAAAGACGACUGCAUUUCCUUUUCUAUCUACUGAAAAAAAUAGAAGAAAAAAAUCGGCGAAAGCACUAGCAUUUGAUUUGAUGGCAACUGUAUCUAUUUUCAAGAGGGAUCUGUGUGCUUGAAACGUGUGGGUGAAAUUUGAAAUAAAGCAAUAACGAAUAGA